AUGUUAAUUCCAAGCCUUUCUUUCUUCAUGCAGUGCUUAGUGGCCCUGGAUAAAAUGGAGGAUUUGAGUCUGAAACAGACAGUGCGCCGACUUGAGGUAGGUGAAGUGGAAGGUGUUCUCUUCACAAAACCAAUAUGCAGCACGUGGGACCAAGUGUGGAAGUUCAAAGCCAGACCUGACGAUCUGCUCAUCGCAACCUAUGCAAAAGCAGGUACCACAUGGACACAGGAGAUAGUGGAUAUGAUUCAACAAAAUGGAGAUGUUGAGAAAUGUAGACGCGCCAGUACUUACAGACGCCAUCCUUUCCUUGAGUGGUCUAUCCAAGAGUCUCCAGAUGACAGUUACUCAGGCCUGGAGUUAGCUGAAGCUAUGCCGUCUCCACGCACAAUGAAAACUCAUCUCCCCGCGCAGCUGGUGCCUCCCUCCUUCUGGGAACAAAACUGUAAGAUAAUCUAUGUGGCGAGGAAUGCAAAAGACAGCCUGGUGUCAUACUACCAUUUCCACAGAAUGAGUAAAGAAAUGCCUGACCCAGGAACUUGGGAGGAGUUCAUGGAGAAAUUCAUGACUGGAAAAGUGCUCUGGGGUUCCUGGUAUGACCACGUAAAAGGAUGGUGGAAGGCAAAAGAUAAGCACCGAAUUCUCUACCUCUUCUAUGAAGACUUGAAGGAGAAUCCAAAGCGAGAAAUUCAGAAGAUUCUGAAGUUCCUGGAGAAGGAUGUGAAUCAGGAGGUUCUAAACAAGAUACUCCAUAACACCUCGUUUGAGAUAAUGAAGGACAAUCCCAUGACAAACUACACUACCGAGUUUCGGGGAAUAAUGGAUCACUCCAUUUCCCCAUUCAUGAGAAAAGGGGUUGUCGGGGACUGGAAGAAUCAUUUCACUGUGGCACAGAAUGAGAAAUUUGAUGAAGAUUAUAAGAAGAAAAUGGCUGAUACCUCUAUUGUUUUUCGCACAGAGUUGUGA